ACAUCAAACACGUAGCCGACAAGUCCAAUUUCGUCGCUUUAUUGGAAAGAAUCUCGAUUAUUCACUUCAUUUCUCAAAUAUGCAAAGCAUGAAGAAAUCUAUACUGAGUCAUGUGAAUUUGAGAAGGUCAACUGAAAGAUGGUUUUUGGCCAAGGAUAAUAAUGUGCUUAUGUGCUUGAGAUGCUGGUGCUCUUCAACCGGUGCCAACUCUGAUCCAAUUCUGGACCAAGUAAUCAUCCUGGUCAAGAAGUAUGACAAAAUUGAUGCAGCAAAGGUUACCGAAACAGCUGAUUUUCAAAAGGACUUGAGACUGGACAACUUGGAUAGAGUUGAGCUUAUUAUGGCUCUUGAACAGGAAUUUUCCCUAGAAAUUCCUGACGAGAAAGCGGAUAAGCUUACUUGCUGCAAGGAUGUUGCAAAAUAUAUAGCCGCUGAAGCUGACCAAAAAACUUUAGGUGCGGAUGCCAUUCCGAAUGGAAGAGAGCUUAAACAGUCCAUUGUUGUUUUUUUUACAUGACGAGUUGGUCUGCAAAGUGAUCCCUUUGGAAUUUUAUGAACUUUAACCCUGCAUAUUUUUUCCAAGU